UCGGAUAUUUACAGAGGGGUGAAGAGCACUUGUGAAUGUUUCCAUUUUAACUCUCAAACUGGGGAAAGAGACUGGGAUAUAUUCAAUUGAAAUGAGGAAAUACUUGCUUUAUCUGGUCAUUACCUAAUUAUUUAAUUGUUUCUCCACUUUGAAUUGUCAUAGUUGAAUGUAUUGAACUUUGGAAUGCAGGCAGUGGUUUCGUGAGUGCGUAAAUGUAAUUUAGCCAACUGUCAAAACAUUUGAGUAAUGGACCCAUUUGACGCCAACUCUCCGCGCAAGGUUCUGGAGCGCGUCUCUACUCUGCUGGGAUGCAGCCAGACAUCGAAUGAAGUAGCCACAUAUCUGGACAAUCACGACCAACUAAAGCAUCGUGAACAGUUUCUAUUACCCAAAGUUGCAGAACUCCCUCCUUCUGACCUUACGCUUGUGGAUGGCACCAAGGAAUGCAUUUACUUUGUGGGGAACUCACUUGGCCUCCAGCCCAAAAUGGCCAAGAAGUACAUCGACGAAGAGUUGGAUAAAUGGGCUAAAAUGGGGGGUUCAUGGCCAUGUGCAAGGCUCUCGACCUUGGGCCUGGGCGGAGAACAAUAUAGAGGGACUCAUGGCUAAUGUGGUUGGGGCUAAAGCUGAGGAGGUUGCCUUGAUGAACGGGUUAACGGUUAAUCUGCAUAUUCUGCUGCUGUCUUUUUACAAACCUACAGCAAAACGUCACAAAAUCCUUCUUGAGGACAAGGCGUUCCCCUCAGACCAUUAUGCUGUGGAAUCUCAGAUCCAGUUGAAAGGAUAUGACCCUCAACAGAGCAUGCUGCUGAUGAAGCCCAGACCGGGCGAGGAGGUGCUGAGAACAGAGGACAUUCUGGACACGAUAGAAAAGGAGGGAGACUCCAUUGCGGUGGUUCUGUUCAGUGGAGUGCAGUACUACACCGGACAGCUCUUUGAUAUGGCCACCAUCACCAACGCUGGGCAGAACAAGGGCUGCUACGUUGGACUCGACUGUGCACACGCAGUGGGAAAUGCAGAGCUGAAGCUGCAUGACUGGGGAGUGGACUUUGCCUGCUGGUGCUCCUACAAGUAUGUGAACUCUGGAGCUGGUGGACUGGCUGGAGCUUUUAUCCAUGAGAAGAAUGCACGUACAGUCAAGCCUGCGCUCACGGGAUGGUGGGGACAUGACUUGAAAACAAGGUCUUUGCUACAACCAACUUCUGACGGUUUACUUGGAGUGUCUGAUCCAGCACUACUACAACAAGGAUGAGGCCCAGCCUCACAAGCCCCACGUCCAUAUCAUCACUCACACCCUGAGGAACGAGGAUGCCAACUCUCCCUCUCUUUCUCGGUCCCCAUCGCAGCCGUGUUCCAGGAGCUGGAGAAGAGGGGCGUCGCUGUGAGUGGCUUCAUGUAUAUACAAUAGUAGCACAGUAUUGGUGAGUUUCCCCAGAUCCAUAUUAAGCCUAGCCUGGACUAAAAAAGCGCUGUCUAAAAUAAAUACAAAUUCACUUUAAAAAAAAGUAAUAAUUAAUUGACCAUGCUUUUUAGUCCAGAUGUGGGCUUACAUUUCAUUUGGCUAUGAAACACAAGCCCUUAUCAUGUAUGCUGAACAAAAUAUAAACGCAACAUAUGAAGUCUUGGUUUCAUGAGCUGAAAUAAAAGAUCCCGGAAAUUUUCCAGACGCACAGAAAGCGUAUUUCUCUCAAAUGUUGUGCACAAAUGUAUUUACGUCCUUGUUAUAGUGAGCAUUUCUCCUUUGCCAAGAUAAGCCAUCCACCUGACAGGUGAGGCAUGUCAAGAAGCUGAUUAAACAACCGCAGACCACGUGUAACCACCCCAGCCCAGGACCUCCAUAUUCUUCUUCUUUACCUGCAGGAUCGUGAGGAGGGAGAGGGAGGGUGCUGAGGAGUAUUUAUGUCGGUCAUAAAGCCCUUUUGUGGGGGGAAAAAAACAAAUUCUGAUUGGUUGGGCAAGGCUCCCCAGGGGCUGCGCCCCUGUCCAGUCACGUGAAAUCCAUAGAUUAGGGUAUAAUUUAAUUGAUUUCAAAUGACUGAUUUCCUUCUAUGAACUGUAACUCGGUAAAAUCUUUGAAAUUGUUGCAUGUUGCGUUUUAUAUAUUUGGACAGUAUAUGUGUUUAUGCAUGAGUGUACAUGCAUAGAUUUGAAUCUAUGUUUUGUAAUUGACUGUUGCUGUUUUGAUCUAUUCUCUCCAUGCCAUCUCAGUGUGACAUGAGGGAACCCAACGUUCUGCGCAUCGCUCCGGUGCCGCUCUACAACUCCUUUAGUGACGUUCACCGCUUCAUCACUGUUCUAGGAUCAGCUCUGGCUGCCAGCAAAGAACUACAAACAAUGAUAGGAAGUCUUUUUUAUUGUUACCCCACCUUUCAGAGUAUUUUUGACCGUGUCAAUAAAAACGAGUUGUUUUUAUA